AUGGCUGAUGGGAGUUUCAGGUACCUGGCUGAGAAAUUCUGCCGCACUCAGAAGCCAGACAGUCGUCAGCUCUGUGCUAGUGUGGACUGCCCGACUCAGUGGAUACCUUCUGAAUGGUCACAGUGUUCCACUACGUGUGGGGAAGGUUCGCAGAGACGUGACGUUGUUUGCAAGAAAAUGGGCCACGGUGGUAUCUCCGUCAGUCUCAAUGCUUCCGAUUGCGCCAGUCUCUCUCGCCCACUACUGCUCCGAGCUUGUUUCAUCAUGUCCUGUGCAAUUCCAGGAGUGAACAGAAAGGAGAACAAACCUUUUCAUCGGCAUGGCCCUCAUAUCCUGGGGCUUCGAAAAAUCUAUGUCCAGCUGAGGAAAGAAAGGAAACUCCAGUUCAACAUUGGUGGACAGGCAUAUCUACUUCGCAAAACAUCUGUGCUUAUCAGGUGCCCUGUUCGAAGAUUUAGAAAAUCCAUGAUAAUUUGGGAAAAGGAUGGAAAACAUUUGUCCAGCUCGACUCAUAUCACAGUCACUCAUUUUGGUUAUAUCAAGAUAAACCAGCUGAAGCCAGUAAAUGUUGGUACUUACACCUGCGUCGCAGGACCUGCUCGUGAUAAUUUUGUGAUUAAAAUAAUUGGGAGCAAUAAUAAGCUGGUUGAAUCACCAUCAUCCAACAGACAGGAGGAAACAAGUAGCAUUUCAAACGAAGCACUGAGUCCAAAAGACAAACAUCCACCUUGGGUGAGGAGGAAUAGGACAGAUAAAAGUCGAUUCUUCGUUCAUCCCCUUGCUCAGUACGAUGGAAUAAUUCUUAAACUGCUUGAAAUCAAAGGUUGGUCUCAAGAGAGUCUGGAUUCAAGGGAGUCGCAGGAGUCCACGGAAAAUUACUUUGUUUCUGUAGAAGAUGCCAGUGUGGAAUCCAUCGUUCCAUUAACCCUAGUGAUAGAUCAGGAGAGACUGGAUGAAAUCAGUGGAGCUAUAUCAAGGCAGAACGAUAAUCUCAAGGAUACUUAUGCUACCCACGUUAUUGCCCAGUUAAUUGCAGAGAUUUCCAAGGCCCAGUCAAAUGCCAAUGAAUCCAAACUGAAACUUAGUGAGAGAAGCAAAGGUGCCAGUUCAGUGGAGUUUUUGUACCAUAAAAUUACUACUGAUGACCAUGGAUUAUCAAAGUUAUCCUCAGUGGAACAGUCCAGUUCGAAGGGACCCAUUCGUACAUCUACAGAACCAUUGAAGGCACCAGUAAUACGGCAAAAAUCCAAUGGCAGGAUGUUAGCUUCAUUGACAGAGGUGUUUGCUGAAGUCGGUCGAACAGUACUGCUGGCCAGCUGGACGCAAUCGCUGACACUGAGCUGUGAGGCAGAGGGAAAUCCAAAACCUCUCAUCAGCUGGACCAAGAAUGGCCAACUGUUGAAAUACAGCCAAAGAGUUAAAAUUCUUCCAGAUCAGGCCUUGCAAAUACUUGAUCCAAAUGAGUCUGAUGUCGGAGUCUACAAUUGCACUGCCACCAGCCCCGUUGGUUUGGAUUCACGGUCGUCCAAAGUUGUUGUUGCAGGCAAGCCGGUAAUUAAAAUGUCCAAACAUGACUUGGUGAAUAUUAAUUCAACAUCUUUCAUUGUGGAUGUGGGCAGUGUUGUGAUCGCCAGACUAGGAGCCAAUAUCACAAUCAAGUGCCAAGUCAGUGGUAUUCCCAAGCCCUCCAUCAGCUGGACAAAGGAACAGGCUACACUUGGUGCAAAUGUUCAUCUUUUCCAGGAUGGAUCUCUCUCAAUAAUCAAAGCUAACCCAGCCAACCAAGGAUUAUAUUCCUGUGUGGUGCUGAAUACCCAAGGCCAGGCAACAGCAGCAACAAAUCUGAUAUUACAUGUUAAACACCAUCUGUUCAAAAUUCAAUUUGCUACAGAUCCCCCAAGAGCCUUUCCAGAAUUUAAGGACUUGAUGUUGAAGUUAGCAGGGGCAGGGUACGACUUUCAUGCUGUACUUGCCUCUAGUCCUGGCACCAAAGAGUUGCUGAGUUUGGGAAGCAAUGUUCUGAUUGGCUGUCCUGUUAAAGGAUUUCCCAAGCCUGGCAUCAGCUGGUCAUACAAUGGCAGACCCAUAAACACAGGAUUAGGACCAGGCCAAGUUUUGGCUUUACAACAGAUCCUUCAAAUACCAAAUAUCACUGAAGAACUCCAAGGAGAUUACAGCUGUCAAGCUCAGAAUGAAGCUGGCUCUCUCACACUAAAGGUGACAGUGGAGAUAGCAGAGUAUAAGUGGAUGAUUGGCGGCCUUUUACCAUGCUCAGCUCCAUGUGGGAAUAAAGGCCUGAAGUUUCCAAAGCUAAAGUGUCUGCAGGACAAUGGCACUGAGGUUGACAAGUCUCUCUGCAGGGGAAAAAUUCACCCAGACCUUCAGCCCAUUGAAUGUAACAUAAGGGAUUGUUCUCCAAGGUGGACUGUGACCAGCUGGUCCCCUUGUUCCCAGCUCUGUGGGGGAGGGACGCGGAAGAGAAGGGUGAAUUGUCAGCAGGUAACAGCACGUGGAAUGCUCAUCGAUUUGUCACCCGGCUUCUGUGCUCAGUCGGGAAAGAAACCACCGGAUUCCCAGACCUGUGACAAGCAACUGUGUUCGCAGUGGGUUACGUCAAACUGGAGCCAGUGCAAUGGUCCGUGCGUGGGGCUGAGAUGGGGCGUACAAUAUCGCCAGGUGAUCUGUCAGGCACAAAACUCAACCAGUUUGCCUUCUCAGCAAUGCAGCAGCAACACAAGGCCAGUCAGCACACGAAACUGCACCUCAGAUGUUUGCACAGUCCAAUGGCGGAGUAGUUCCUGGACACCAUGCACGUCGUCCUGUGGAAAUUAUGGCUUCCAGUCCAGAAGGGUCGAAUGCGUGCAUCUACGCACGAACAGGCAAGCAAGGGAGCAGCUGUGCUUGUGGAAGCACAGGCCAGUGAACUGGCAGCGAUGUAACAUCAUCCCAUGUGAAAAAUCGGAAUGCAGAGACACAACCAGAUACUGUGUAAUGGUAAAGCGGCUAAGACUCUGUCUCUUACCCCAGUACAAACUACGCUGUUGUGAAUCCUGCAGUGGCAUCUGAAGAUGGCUGCUAUUCCACAGUUCAUCCUGAAACAUUGAAAUGAUGGGGAAAACAAACUCAAAUUUGUCCCAUUGUUUUGAACUUGCAAAAGUGCUCCCUGUGCUUUUUUUUAUGACUAUUGACAGAUGACUAUUGAAGAGAACACCUGCAUUUGAACAGGCAAGCAUCUGUCAGCUGCCAUUCCAGCUGUAAUACAGCUGUUACAAUACAUUUAGAAACACUGUACAUUCCUUUAUUGCCGCUGUGCUUUGGAGGAGGGUUCUAGCCUUUUGGGUGGGUGCUUUUGUUGCACUGACGAUGAUGCUGAGAAACAGCACCUGCAUUGGAGCAGACAGUGGAGAAGUGCCAACGUCUGACCCACACCUCAACGAAUAUAUGCUGUGCCCCAGCAAUCCAUGAGAAAGGGUGGGAAACAUUCUGGUGAGAAACAAACCGCAUUCUGCCCAGAGUUCUUGCAAAAUAAUCCUGCCGUUGGUGAUUGUUAAAAUAAUCUAAUUAAAUUGAUUCCCCUCUUGCCUCAUCCUACCUACCAUUUUGUCUGCAAUAAUCUUACAAAAUAGGUAGGAUAAGGCAAGAGGGGAAUCAUAUUUGGGGGUGGCACAGUGGUGCAACUGUAGAGUUGCUGCCUUACAGCACCAGAGACCCGGGUUCAAUCCUGACUAUGGGUGCUGUCUGUACGGAGUUUGUAUGUUCUCCCCAUGACUGCAUGUGCUUUCCCUGGCAGCUCCAGUUUCCUCCCACACUCCAAAAAAGUACAGCUUUGUAGGUUAAUUGGCUUCGGUAAAGAUUGUAAAAUGUCGCUAGUGUGUUGGAUAGUGCUAGUGUACGGGGAUCGCUGGUUGGCGCGGUCUCAGCGGGCCUAAUGGCCUAUUUCCACACUGUAUCUCUAAACUAAACUAAACUAAACUGAACUGAAAACUGAAAACAUCAAAAAAUGAGGAUUGAUGUAGCUACUGCUUUGGUUUAUGCCCCUGGUUAUUUAGUGAAAUGGCAUUUUAUAUCAACCUCUUGUCCCAACAGUCAUGUAUUUUAUCUCCAGGACCAGCCAUUCCCAAGCCACUCCGUACCUGACCAUGUCCCAGCCAACCAGGAUUUGUGGGCAUUGGCAGCUCAGAGGUGGAAAAUCAGUCCCUGUGGAGCCAAAACGUUGUACUGAACAAGUUGGCUCAACAACCAUUGUGUUGCAAUUUGUUGUAAAAACUUUAAAUCAAUUUAAUCCCACUCCUCACCAGCCCCCCCCAAUGCACUGUGAGGAAAGUAGUACGAAAGCUCUGAAUUAUUCACCAGUUUCUAUGUCGCAAGGUGUUUGACACACCCUAUUAUUAAAAAUAUAUUUGCAUAGUUUUGUCAUUGCUACAGAUUUCCCCAAACCACAUGUUAUUUCGGCUAGGUUCAGUAUUGGUUCCAAUAACCAGGGAGGUUGUCUGAGAGGAAGUCUAUUUUUACUCAUCACUUAGCUGCAGAAUAUAAAAUCAAUAUUAUGGAAAGAUCAUUUUCAAGGUAUCUCAUUGAGCAGUGAAGUGCAUUGGAUUAUUAUCACAUCCUCCUAAUUCCCUGUCCACAUUGUCAGAGAUUUAAAGUAUUUAAAUAUGAUCAAGUGUCUCAAUUAAUAUUAUGACAGAUUCCUUACUCCGUGUUAUGCUCUUUCCCCUUUGAAAAUGUAGACAAAUCUAAAAUGUUCUAGAAAUGUCCUUAAUUGAAUCAAGGUAAUUCUCAAGCAAUUUUACAGUUAUUGUGAGAAACAAUGCUCGUCACAGGGUUAUCUUGAUGGUUAUGAGUAAGAUAUCAAUUGUGUGACUUGUAUUAAAUGUUGUCUCUUGCAAACCAGUUCCAGGCCGGUUUCUGUAGUGUGUAAAACUAUCCUUGCCAGGCCAUUCCACACCUGGAGGAGCAGCUCUUAUUUCAGCUAAGUGGGCCUGAAGUCUAAGCAAACUAGUUCAUUAAAUUUAUGUAUAAUUUAAGAUCAGACCUUUGUAAAAUAAGCUCUCUAUACCUAUUUAUUAGAAAGUCUUGUUGAAAAUGUGCAAUAUACUUUAACUGUACAUUAUAUUGUCCAGAAAAUACUAUUUUGGGUGAACUUAUAUUUUCUUAUUACCAAAGCUUUUUUUUGUUACUUAUUCUUUUGCAGGAGUAUUUGAUUUUUUAUUCUUUUUAAUAGCACUUCCAUUCAAUACCUUUUUGCUCUUUGUUUAAUGUUUCACUGCUGGAAGUUUCAUCCUCAAUUGUUGAAAUAUACAGCACGUUCUCAAUGUGUUGGGCUGUUGCACUUCUAUUUACAUUCCUAUUGAUAACUGGUUUCCCAGACUUGUUACUAUAUACAUACUCCAAUGUUUCCUCUGGGGCAAACAUUUAAGGAUCAGAAUCAGUAUACAAAGAGAAUAUUCUUUGUUAUCAUGGAUGAAUUUGUCCAUUUGACUAAUUGAUAUUGGAUUUCAUUGGAACAAGUCUUACUACAAGACGUACAUUAGAGGAUACAUGGAUUAGGUAUCCCAUUUACAAUGGUUUAUGUUCACAAGUUCAACUGUGGGUCACUGGUGUAGUUACAACUUCCAGAUCAGUUAAUUGAAUUUGUUGUGAAUGUACUUUAGUUCUAUGCUGUGACAAGGACCCAGUGACACAUCUCUAAUGUCAGUUGCUGGAUAAAGUCUGAGAUUACAUACCAAACGCCUAUUUAUGUCUUUUUUUUUGUACUAAGUGUGCUUGAGCUCAAAUUUUUUGAACUUACAAUGUUUCAUUCCGUGCUUUUCAUAAUACU